GGCCCAGCGCGCAGCGGCGGCGUUUCCCGGCGCCCCCCGCGGCAGAUUGUACACAAUCAUCAUGGCCGCUGUCUCAUCCGCCGCCGCCGAAGGUGCCGCGGAGCCGGGCAUGGAGGCCGAGGCGCCGGGCUGCGGCGGGGAGGGCGGCUCGCCGCGGGGCGAGGGGUGCCGGGCCGGGCCGGCUGGCGCCGUCAGCAACGGCAGCGACACGGAGAGCGGGCAGGAGCUGGUGGAGCUGCGGGUGAUCUGGAACAAGAACAAGUACGACGUGAAGUUCCGCCUGGACAGCACGGGCGCCGACCUGAAGCAGAAGAUCCACUCGCUGACAGGCCUGCCGCCCGCCAUGCAGAAGGUGAUGUUCAAGGGGCUGCUGCCCGAGGAGAAAACGCUGCGAGAGAUCAAAGUCACCAACGGUGCCAAGAUCAUGGUGGUGGGCUCCACCAUCAACGACGUGCUGGCUGUCAACACGCCCAAGGAUGCGGCGCAGCAAGAGGGGAAGGUGGAGGAGAGCAAGAAGGAGCCGCUCUGCAGGCAGAAGCAACACAGAAAAGUAUUGGAUAAAGGAAAACCUGACGAUGUGAUGCCUUCCAUUAAAGGUGUUCAGGAGCACCUACCAGCUGUGCCAUUAUCUGGCAUGUACAACAAAUCAGGGGGGAAAGUAAGAUUGACCUUUAAGCUCGAGCAAGACCAGCUAUGGAUUGGUACAAAAGAGAGAACAGAAAAGUUACCCAUGGCGUCCAUUAAAAAUGUGGUGAGUGAACCUAUUGAAGGACAUGAGGAUUAUCACAUGAUGGCAUUUCAGCUGGGCCCAACAGAAGCGUCUUACUACUGGGUCUAUUGGGUACCAAAUCAAUAUGUUGAUGCAAUCAAAGACACGGUGCUGGGAAAAUGGCAGUAUUUUUGAAAGCACGCUCACCUCUGGCACAGGAAAAUGACACAAAGCUAAGGACACUGCUGGGAGAGGCCUCCAGCAUGCCUGGAUGUGACAGUCCUGGAACUUAUUAAUAAAAUAUGAUAAAAGAGGCAUUGAUGGAAGCCAGAGGUGAUGUUCUUUCACCAUUAGUUUACUUUUAACUUAAAAUUUUCACCAUCCCUUUUCUGCAGUCAGCUUCAACCGUAUUUAAAGCAAAAUGCAGUGGAAAUCAAUAAAUUCUAAUUCACAAAAUAUUGUGUGUAAUACACUUAAAUCUGCUGAGAGUUGAUCUUCCAAUUUAGUUUUAAAAAGAAACUAUUACAAUGUAUUACUGAGGCUUUUUUUACAUGGUUUGAACAAAAACAACUAUUUUCAUAAUCUUUCAGUUACGAGCAUUAGACUUAAUUUAGUGACUUGGUUGUGACUGAGAAUUUCAGAACCAGUUUAUUUUUAGAAAUAAACUUGAAGCAGUGUAACAGUAUGCAAAAUGGAUGUUCAGCAAGCCAUAUUCUGCUGGCCCUUUUCUUUCGGGUUUGAAUCUUUGGUGGCAAAACUCUGCAUUUAUCUGUUUGUUAAACCCAAAGAUGCCCUCCCUUUUCUUUGUUUUGUUUAAUUUCCCCCUCUCUCCCAGUGCUGGAAGCUGUUUGUUGGUACUCCAUGGCACGUUUGGAGCAGAGGAACACCUCUGUGGAUGUUCUGUAAGCACUGUGACCCGGUGCUGCUCACUGUCCUGCUUUGUGCCACCGUUGUUUCCCUCUCUGCUCCACUUGUGCCCGGAGUGCUGCGUUUUGGAGCUCUGUGCACACUGCAGCCCUGGGUCACAUUGCAGCUGUUGUGACGAUGCUUUCCUGUCUGACUGGAAAACAAACCUACAGAAAGCUCCGGGCUCUGUGACCGUGCUGCUGUGUGUGAAGCAGUAAUGCAGGUCUUGCAAAGGAGGCAAACCGGAUGGGCUUUCCUUCCCCUGUGUGUGUUGGGGAGGACAGAGGUGGGAGAGGGAAGUUCUGAUGCCAUUUUGCAUCGUAAAUAACUGCAGUAGCCUUUUGUGAUCCAAAUCUGAAAGUGUAUGGGUAUCUUCUUCAGUGAACCCUGCCAGACCAGGGGGAUCUGUAUCUGUCCAGCAACUGACCUUCUGAAAUUUCAGUUACCUUCCAGCUUUUCUUUGGCUCAAGUUUACAGUAAGUUCUUACAGUAAGUUCUUGCAUCCAGUUCUGUCUGAAAUACCGUUCUGUGCCAUUGGUUUGUGGUAUUCGGUGUCAUCUCAGCAAUUAACGUGCCAUUUAUCUCAGGUUUUCUGCAAGGACCUUCCAGUCCUGACAAGGUGCACACCCCUACCGGAUUGUAUGUGCAGUCAGACUGAGUCAGUCUGGCUGUGUGUUAAAUCUGCAGCUAACAGAUCGCUGUUUGGUUUUGGUUGUUUUAACCCUGUAAGCUUAAUGUUCCUCAAUCCAAAUAGCUCAGCAUUUUGUGAAACUUGCUUAGAAAUAUCCUUUUAGGAACAGCUGAACUGACUAUAUUCCAUAUCCAUUUUCACUUGCCUUGAAAUAGCCCAGUUGAAACUCAGCAGGUGCAAACUCCUCAAAGUAUUUUGUUUUAUCCGAGAGAUUUGGGAAAGUGUUCACUUCAUGGUAUAUGUUAAGAGUGCUUAUUUACCUGUAGGUUCUUGAUAGCAACGUAAGCAGCUUUUGUUUUGUCCUUUCAGUUAGAGCAUUGAUGCAGUACGAAUUGUAAAGGUGUUCCAUAUCCAAGGUAGAAACUAGUGAUGUUCUGGUUACUCCCAUAGUGUGAGGUCUCUGCCUGUGGUGCUGCAGCAAUGCAGGAGCCCUGGGGGCUGCAGGCGGGGGCUCUUGCAGUGGGUUGGAGGUAGCAGUUCUUCUGUCACUCUUACUUUCUGAUUGCCAGUGCAGGUGUUAAAGCUUUAAUUUUAACUUUCAGUCCCUGGUGGAAGGUGUAUGUGCUGCAGCACUCCAUCAUUUGUUAGAGCUGGUGUAUGAGGGUAAUUAAUGAUGCUGGUGUCUUCUGUCCCCUGGGUUCACCUUUGCACUCAUCUGUCUCUUUUAUUCUGGCUGUCUCCACUCACUGCCUGGCUUGCUUGGAGCUCUCUGCAUCCAUUCACACUCUAUUUCCUCCCCUGUUAUUUCCCUGUCUUGCCUCUAAGAGGACUUGUCUGUGGCUCAGCUCCUUCCCCAGGUGCUGUGGGUCUGGGUUUGGUGCAGGAUCAUGGUGAGUACACAUGGCACCGUGGGCACUGCCCAGUGCCAUGGCCAGAGGGCACCAAGAGCAGCAGUGUGUCUUCCCUGCACCUUCCCAGCCUGUCCCACCCUGUGCUGGGAUCAGCAACUUGUCUCAAACUGAGUAUGAAAGUUGGGGGUUACAAAGCAGCUUUAGAUAUGAAGAAGAAAAAAUUAUAAACAAAGGUGAUCAAAAGUGGCCCUGUUUAGGUGCUUCUUUUCUAUUUAAAUUUGAUUUGAAGACUUGAAUUUCUUUGAUUCUAUGUGUAAAAUUUAAUUUAAAAUAUAGGAAAGUGAUGCUUACUGGAAAUGCUUUAAUUGGUGUUUGUUGGGUCGUUACAGCGGGUUUCUCAGGAGCUCUUUGAAGCCAAUGUUCCUCCUGAAUUUAGCAGCAUUUCUUUUAAGAUCCUCUCUCUUUUGGAAGGAUGUGGAGCUCUGUAUCUUCUGCUGCACGCCCAUUACUCCGAGGUGGUUACUGUCACUGAUCAAUAACAUCCAAGAGAGCAUGCUGUGUGUUUAGCCCUGCUGUGCUGCAGCCCGUGUGACCAGAGCUGUGUGCCAAGCUUCUCUGGGUUUUCUCUGAGAGCUGUGGUGCUCCCCAGGGCUGGUGGGCACGGAGCAGUGCUGUGCAGGAGGCAGCUUUGGUCCCUGCUGAGGCACGGUGUCAGCUGUGAUGUGAAGAUGUAAGCAGUGCUUUCAGUUGGCUGAUGAAGGUUGCUUUGAGAUCCAGCGUGUACUCUUCCAUAAGAUUUCUGGUAAUAGCUGCAGUGAUUCCUAUGCAAAAGCUUAAUUACUUCACUUAAACAACAGUUUGAUGCCUUUCUAUGGAGAUCGUUUCCCUGUUGUGUGUACAAGUGUCAUUUCCCACGAGCUGUUUUUGGGGGUUCCUUAGGAAACAAUACCAGGUUUACUGCUCAGUGAUGGAAGCAACCAGAACACAAAUGCGUAGUGGCAGCUGCAAUCUCCACCCCACUGCUGCCCUGUCUCCUCCAGCAGCCCUGUUUGCUACUCGGGGUGCUCCACCUCCCCCAGUGCUGUUCCCACAUCCCCUGCCUGCUGCCAGGGUACCUUUCCUCUCCUUGUUCAGAGCACAGCAUUCCUUCUGCAGCCACUUUGCAUCCUGAGCAUGAACGAUUCCUGGAUUCGUUUUUCAUCUGGGUUUUUAAAAGAUAUCAUUUAAGCUUUGGGUCCGAUGACAGAAUGUAUCCUGCAUGAAAGUGCUGCAUUAUUUACACAUUUUUCAUAUCAAGUUUAAAGUAAAUAAGUAAUUUCUGUUAGUGACAGAGUCUGAUGAGAAACAGGUAACUAAAAUUGUAGAAGAGAGUAGGGGAGAUGAGUUCCAGGACCCAGACGAGCUGUUCACACAUCUGGCACACACACAUCUCACACACACGGUGCCAUGUCAGCCCCAGUGCUCUGUGCCCGCUGUCCAUGCUCUGUGGCUGCCCAUGCCCCUCCUGCACAGCAUUCCCACCCAGCACUGUGCCAACCCCACGCAGCAAAGUUUGCUUUCAGGCCUCCCUUCCCUUGUUGGCUUUCUCUUUCCCUCUGUAACCUUAUUUCCCAAUCAAACUGUUUUCAUUCUGUGCCACGUCCCCCUGUUGCCUUCAGCCACGGAUUUGCUCUCUGCACUCACGAAGGUUCACGAUGUCUUAUCCAUGUUCUGAGCAAUUCUUGUUUUAGAAACUAAAAGAUCUUCGAUGUUUGUGUCCACUGCAGAUUUAUUUUAAAUGGAAUAUGUAAGUACCAUGUUUAAUGGUAUUUUUAAAUAAUCUAUUGCCUAUUUCUGGGGAGCGGGAGAUGACAUAUUUAGUCUUAGAUUUGCACUGCUGGAUUUUUUAAGUGUAACCUUGACUGGUUAUCCUAUUGUUUUAUUCUGUAAGAUUAAUUAGUCUUAUGAAUUAAAGUUUGAUAAUGAA